UGCUCUGUGUUUCAGUCUGAAGCCGUUGGCUGCUACGGAACCGUUUGGCUCUUUUCUCUACUAGCGAGCAACACUACAUUCAAGACCCGACUGUACACCCAGCUCAAUUUUAAGGGGAUUUAUCACUAUAUAUGCCCGUAUAUUCAAAACACAUCGCUCACUGGGGAUUCCAGCUACCGGUUGACCUGUUCCGAAGGCCGUUAUAACGCUCUUUUCGGGGUUUAAUUAGAGCUUGAAAACAGCGGUGGUAGUGGAGGAGAUUCCAUAUUAGGAGCACAGAGGAGAAGGCACCCCCUCCCCCCUUGUGUGAUUUGGAGCUUUAGUUUCUGAGCCCAUGGUCCAAGUCCUGACUGACUGAUCAUAGUGGUGGUGCAUACAGACUUACUGCUGGGGAUAGAAGUGUGUGUGCUGACCUCAUGGUGUAACCGGAUUAAAAAUGAGCAUUAGCAGUGAUGAGGUCAACUUCCUGGUCUACAGAUACUUACAGGAAUCAGGGUUCUCCCACUCUGCAUUUACAUUCGGCAUAGAGAGCCACAUUAGCCAGUCCAACAUCAACGGAGCUCUGGUGCCCCCUGCUGCCCUCAUCAGCAUCAUCCAGAAGGGCCUGCAGUAUGUGGAGGCUGAAGUCAGCAUCAACGAGGAUGGCACGUUAUUUGACGGCCGACCCAUCGAGUCUCUGUCGCUCAUCGACGCAGUGAUGCCAGACGUGGUCCAGACGAGGCAGCAGGCGUACCGGGACAAAAUGGCCCAACAGCAGGCUGCAGCUUCGGCGCCGGCAUCGGCCGCAGGGGGCAGCAUAGCCGGCAACGCCAAGAACGGAGAGAACACUGCCAACGGGGAGGAGAAUGGAGCCCACGCCUUAGCUAACAACCACUCAGAUCUGAUGGAGGUGGAUGGAGACGUGGAGAUCCCUCAGAACAAGGCCAUGGUCCUGAGGGGCCACGAGUCAGAGGUCUUUAUCUGUGCCUGGAACCCAGUGAGCGACCUGCUGGCUUCUGGGUCUGGGGAUUCGACGGCUCGUAUCUGGAACCUGAGUGAAAACAGCACCAGCAGCUCCACACAGCUGGUCCUGAGGCACUGCAUCAGAGAAGGAGGGCAGGACGUCCCCAGCAACAAAGACGUCACCUCGCUGGACUGGAAUAGCGAGGGCACCCUGCUGGCCACAGGCUCAUAUGACGGCUUUGCCAGAAUAUGGACAAAAGAUGGUAAUCUAGCCAGCACCCUGGGGCAACACAAAGGCCCCAUCUUUGCCCUGAAGUGGAAUAAGAAAGGCAACUUUAUCCUCAGUGCAGGAGUAGACAAGACUACAAUCAUAUGGGACGCUCACACAGGAGAGGCCAAGCAGCAGUUCCCCUUCCAUUCAGCUCCAGCUCUGGAUGUGGACUGGCAGAGCAACAACACGUUUGCUUCUUGUAGUACGGACAUGUGCAUCCACGUCUGCAAACUGGGACAGGACCGGCCUAUUAAGACAUUCCAGGGACACUCAAAUGAAGUUAAUGCAAUCAAGUGGGACCCUACGGGGAACCUGUUAGCAUCCUGCUCAGAUGAUAUGACGUUGAAGAUCUGGAGUAUGAAGCAGGAUUCAUGUAUCCACGACCUGCAGGCCCACAGCAAAGAAAUCUACACCAUUAAAUGGAGUCCUACUGGACCGGGAACCAACAAUCCCAGUGCUAACCUCAUGCUAGCGAGUGCAUCGUUUGACUCCACGGUGCGUCUGUGGGAUGUGGACCGGGGGAUCUGCAUCCACACGCUGACCAAGCACCAGGAACCGGUGUACAGCGUGGCGUUCAGCCCUGACGGGCGCCACCUGGCCAGCGGCUCCUUCGACAAAUGUGUUCACAUCUGGAACACACAGACGGGGGCGCUGGUGCACAGCUACAGAGGGACGGGCGGGAUCUUUGAGGUGUGUUGGAAUGCAGCGGGAGACAAAGUGGGAGCCAGCGCGUCAGACGGAUCUGUGUGUGUAUUAGACCUGCGGAAAUAAAGCUGCUGUUCGCUGGAAGCCAUGGACCGACCAUGAAUGUGUACAUAGCCAAAUGACUGUCCCUGCCUGCCCUGCGUACUGCUCACGCUUAGGCCCCGCCCACCAACUUACAGGAAGCAGGACACAGGAACAGGAAGCGAGUACCGACACAGCAGGUCCACACACGCGGAUAAAGGGACAGAUGAACGGAGUGGCGCCCCCCUCUGUUGGGUCAGACUCUCAGAGAGAAGCAGAAGCGGGAUGCAGUGGAAAUGGAGCAGAGAUGUGACAGAUCGGAAUAUUUACCAAAAUAUGGAAGCUGUUUGGCUUUUUGAUCUGGGAAACAUUCCCAUCGUCAUCAAAAUGUAAAACAAUGAAAACGUGUUGAUCUAUGUUACUAGUCAGAUCUUAUUGUGGACAUAUCGGCUCCUCCACCACAGAUAGGAUGGCACUUAGGGUUUCUUUUUUUUUUUUUUUAUUUCAGACCUCUCGUUCUAUAUUUUUUAUCAUGUGGGAGGGUCAAAGGUCAUGGAGACGUCCCCUCUCUCCCCCCCCAGGCAGGUGGCAGCAGCUCACUAAGCUUCACCAUGCAGAUCAAACUCUGGAUUCCUCUGAUUCAUCCACACGGGAAAAUAACACAUGAUGUCCCCCCCUUAGACCCCUCCCUGUUCUGACCUGGAAGCUGCAGUAGAACCAGAACCAGGUCCAGACUGACUGCUGGUUUGUUAUGAUUUUAAACUGGGAGUACUAGAAGCUCUGUGUGUUUUUUACUGUUUUCCAUGUCAUUUUUACAGCUUUUUAAAUUAAAUGGAAUAGUUUCCCUUUUUUCCAGUCAUAACAUGUUUCCAUUCAGCAGUACGGCGCCCUCCAGUGGCUGUGAGGGAAAUGUGGCUAGAAUAUUUCCAGCCUGACAGCAGAUGUCUCUGUGGAUUUAGUCAAUACAGUGUACCAACACUCCAACCAUUAAAGGCUUUCCACUGAACCAGUUCCAGUGUGAAACUGGCACUAGUGCUGUUCUUGACAGCAGUGGUUUGUGUUUCAACUGGUACCGAUCAACUGGUUGGACUGGGCCAGAACUUCUCCUGGAGACCAAUAAUAACAAACCAAAACUUUGAAUACACCAUGUUUGAACCUCCGGAGUCCGGCUCUGGUUUAGGAAUAACCACUUAGCUGGCAGAAAAGACCCAGUUAGGAAACAUGAAAUAUUUACUAAGUCUCUUCUUGGAGCAACACCAAUAAAUCAGGCUGGAUUUGCUCAACUUUGGAAGCUGAUUGAUCAGCCGAUACACACAUGGAAAACCAAUCUUAUCCACUUUCACAUCAGACACCAUCUCCUCCUGUGAGAGAGGACUGACUGACCACCAGGCCACGUCUGCACAUGCAUGGGUUAGCAGUGGUCACCUCUUCAUUGUCUACUUAGUGACUUUUAGCAACUAUUCUGACAAAGAUAUUGGUGUCUGCCAAAAUUGGAAUCAGCAGGAUUUUGCUUCUCUGGUCUCUUCAUUUUUGCAGAAAUUCUUGUCUUGUUUUUGCCAACAGGUUGACUUCAACGGCCAGUUGUUUGGCUUUUCUGUCCUCUGUUCAGCUGAGCUGUUGUUCCGAGCAACAGGAUGUUUCAGUCACAGCAGCUGAGGUCAGGACAGGAAGGGCUGUAGAAAUCCAGUUGGUGCAAAACUCUUUACAGGUUUCAACAUUAUUAAAGCAAAAAAAAAAAAAAAAAAAAAAGACCCAAAUCCAACCAGUGUUGACGGUCCUAAAUAAGCCGGUUCAAAUCAGAAUGAAGGAGCUUCAAACAUGGUGUGAACAUCUGGGCUGAUCUAAGGAAAAUACUCAGUUGUCGUACUAUUAAAGAAAACGGAUGGAGAUUUUUUUUUUUUGUCACAUCUUCACCUGAUUACAAUCAUCUUUGUGUCAGCUCCAGUUUGACUUGUUGUCCUUCAGCUUGCUUUUAUCAGCCCUGGUUCCUGGACAGACUGGGACAGUACUGGUACCGUUCCACCAGCUGCAGCAGGAAAACAUUUCAUCCCCCAGAUGCCGUUCCAGACAUGCAGUCCCCACAAAUCAGCUGGAGAUGUUCACGUCUCUUUAAUGAUGACUGAGCAUGGCUGAAAAGGAGUGUUUCCAUAGCAACCACACAUCCUCUGUGUUUUGCCCGUGUUCAUGCAGGUUUCACAAAGGAAGAACUAAUGAGCUGUUAGCAGAAACCUGAGCUGUUCAGGUCUGCUCCCUGCAUCAUGACCUCUGACCUCCAGUCUGCUCCUCACCAAACCUCUGCUCAGUUUUCUACUCUUCUAAAGUCACACUUUGUCCUUUUCACUCAUUUAGAAACAUGAGGCGAGCAGAUGAUGGUUCUUUUUACCUUUUCCUUACAGUGAAUAACCACUAAAUGAAUCAGUUUCCAUAACAACAUGAUCUGUUGGAAACAUUUGUCCAAAUGGGCGGAGAAAAGAACUUUCUCUUCAACUCUGAAAUAAAAAAAAAAACAG